AUGGGUUACAGGACUGUGGUGAUGUACAUGGAGAUUGGUUGCUUUGCGGUCUGUGUAGCUGGAUGGAUCCUGGUCUGUUCCACAAUGCCAACAGAGAUUUGGACUUGGUCUGAAGUGGACAGCAUAGUCCUGACCACUUCAAACUACUUCUCCAACUUGUGGAAGGAUUGUAUCUCUGAUUCAACAGGAGUGUCUGACUGUAAGGGGAUUCCAUCAAUGCUUGCACUGAACUGGGACAUUCACAUGUGCCGAGCUCUCAUCAUCAUCUCUAUCAUUUUGUCCUUCUUUGGAUCAGUGCUGGUCUUAGUGGGAAUGAAGUGCACUAAGAUUGGGGGAACCGAGAUUGCUAAUGCAAGAGUAACCUUCGCUGGGGGGAUGAAUUACCUUAUUGGAGGGAUGUGUUCUAUGGUUGCUUUCUCCUAUUAUGGAAACAAGAUCAGAGCAGAAUUCCAAGAUCCUAACUACAGAGCCCAGAAGUUUGAAAUAGGCGUUGGUGUCUUUAUUGGCUGGGGAGGCUCCACCUUACUUGUUGUUGGAGGCCUUAUUUACAGUAUCUUUGCAGGGAGGGAAGGAUGUCGUUCAAGCUCAAAGCACUACCCCGGCUACCAGUACGCUGAUGCCUACACGGGUGCCCCAACAAAAAGGGAACCCGUGUAUCUGGCUCGCACCGAGGUGAGUGAGAGUCGAAAAUCUAGAACAUCCAGUGGCAGCAGAGGCAGCAGCGUCUCUGGGCUGACCAGCAUCACCAAGGCGACGGAUAGCAGCGGAUCCGGGGUCACCAGUAUCACCAAGACGACAGCUAGCAAUGCAUAUGUGUGA